GCGUUCGGUAUGAUCGUUUGAAUUUCUAACCUCGUUUCUUCACUCGAACACAAUGAAAGAUGAUCGAGUAAUAACAACAGACACAAUGAAUCAGAAGUUAUUUUAUAAUACUGUGUUGUCGCAAACGUUUUCCCCGGAUGGAAAUUACUUGUUAGCUGGAAAUAUAUACGGGGACGUAUCAGUGUUCGAAUUAUCAAAAGCCUUGGGAGUUCAUAAAGGAGAAGAAAAUGAGUUACAAGGGCCCAACUAUCAGUUUGCUGCUCAUCUUAAUCAAGUGGAGAGUAUGGUUUCGACAGACAAUUUUUUAGUAACAGGAACAUCAGGUGAAAUUUGUGGAUGGGAUUGGAAAAUAGUUACUUCAAGUAAAGCACCAAAGAGUAAAGUUUCAUGGACUAUACAACUGCCAGUCAACAAGGACAGCUAUGAGAAACCAGAUGUUAAUUAUUUAGUAUAUUCCAAAACAAGCAACCUCUUGUAUGCCGGUUGUGGUGAUAAUAAUAUUUACGUAAUUACUUUGGAAGAUGGUAGAAUACUCAGAACUUUAGAAGGACAUACUGACUAUGUCCACUGUCUUUCUUUAACAGGCAAUCAACUAGCUUCAUCUGGUGAAGAUGGAACGGUCAGGUUGUGGGAUUUGCGAAAGCGGGAAAAUACUAAUAUAUUAACGCCUCAUUUAGUAGAGAAAGUCGCCAGGCCAGCCUUAGGCAAAUGGAUUGGCGCUGUGGACUUUACAGAAGAUUGGCUGUUAUGCGGUGGCGGUCCAAGUUUAUCUUUGUGGCAUAUGCGUACGAUGGAAGCAGCCACCGUGUUCGAUCUUCCCGACGAAGGUAUUCAUGUAGCGAAUAUCUACGAGGAGCGUGUAAUAGCGGCUGGUGCGGCACCGCAUGUGUACCAUCUGACUUACCAAGGAGACAUGUUAGCCAAAGUGCCGACAUCCAGCAACACCGUGUGCAGCAUCGUUUAUCAGGAAACACCGCAGAAAGUAUUCAGUAUAGCUGGUUCGUCGAACAAUCUCGAUGUUUGUACGAACUUUAAUUACCGCGAAUUAAUGUUAAGGUUUGCAUAAUAGAACGAAACAGGAUGAAUGUAUAUGAUUCGUGAAAGAAAACAAUCUCAUUAUUUAUACAUAUACUUUUAAUAAAUAUAUUAUUACAAUA